AUUUGGAAUUAGCUCCUCCUUUUUAUUCGCUACUCUUGUUUAGAAGCCGUCCGCCUCACCGACGUAAAAACUCCUCGCUGAGUCGGUGGAGAAACUUGGGGGUUGGGACACCAGAGAGCUUUCCUUCUCUCUCUCUCUCUCUCUCUCUCUCUCUCUCUCUCUCGAUUCCGCCACUUAGCAGCUGCACCAAAAACACACACAACCGAACCCUAAUAACCCUAGACCAUGGCGUACCAACCAAAACACGACAACGACGACCACAAUCGUCGACUAUACAACCCGUACCAAGACCUCCAAAUCCCUAUCCAAACCCUCUACCAGCUUCCAACCUCGCCUGAAUACCUCUUCAGCGAACACUCCAUAAAGAAACGCCGCUCCUGGAGCGAAAACCUAGUGUACUACACCGGCGCCUGCUACCUGGCCGGAUCCCUAGCCGGAGCCGCCAAGGGCCUCGUCGACGGUGUCAGGGCGUCGGAGCCCGGCGACACGAUGAAGUUACGCGUGAAUAGGAUCCUCAACGGGUCGGGUCACGAGGGGCGGAAGUUUGGGAACCGGGCCGGGGUGAUCGGGUUGUUGUAUUCGGGGAUGGAGAGCGGUGUGGAGAAGAUUAGGGAUACGGAUGAUAUCGUGAAUAGCGUGGUGGCGGGCCUGGGGACGGGGGCGGUUUACAGGGCGGCGGCGGGGGUGAGGUCGGCGGCGGUAGCGGGAGCUGUUGGUGGAGUGGUGGUUGGGCUUGCCGUGGUGGUUGGGCUUGCCGUGGCGGCGAAGCAGGUGGUGAAGAGAUACGUUCCAAAUCUUCCGAUUUGAGUGUGCGUGUAAAGCAACAACAUGCACGACAUUUUGCACAGCAUGUUGAUGUGGCAUUGCGAAAUUUGUAGUUGAAAAGUAGCGAAAGUAUCCUGUUGCCAAUGAAGCAGUGCCACAAAAACAUGUUAUUUGUGAAUGUUGUUCAUAUCGUUGUGUUCUUAGACUUUUUCUAGAUUUGUUUUUUCGAAAUUUUUAUAUGUCAGAAGUUUGUCUGUGAUUACGUUUGACCAAUAUACUGAGAGCGUCGAGGAUUCUUGCUCCAGUGCAUCUGAUUAUAUUGUCACUUAGAGUGCUUUAGCUAAGAUGUGGUGAUGAGUAAUUUUGAUGCGUUUUGACAUGGAAAUUGGGUUACAUUGUUUUUAGUUUGA